AUGGUUCUCGCAAUAGGUUCACCCACGAAAAGGGCACUGUCGAUGUCAGACGCUCAAAAUGCAUACGACCAACUUCAGGAUUGGUACUCUUCCUCUACCGGCCUUUGGCAAGGUGCAGGCUGGUGGCAGUGCGCAAAUGUGCUCACGACCAUAUCCAAUUUGGCAAUGAUGAAUAGUCAGAUAAGGGACAACGUGCUUGCAGCGCAACAAGCCACUUUCACGUCUGCAGCACAGCAGGAUGAACAGUUCAUUGGCCAAAGGUUCAUAAGCAACUAUUACGAUGACGAGGGCUGGUGGGCUCUAGGCUGGAUCGCUUCGUACGAUGUCUCUGGCAACCCGCAAUAUCUCUCGAUGGCCGAAAGCAUUUUCGCUGAUAUGAGAACAACAUUUGGAAAGACCAAUUGCAGCCGUAACCGUGGGGGAACAGGCGGUAUAUUCUGGAAUCGUGACCAGACUUAUGUCAAUGCGAUUGCCAACGAGCUUUUCUUCAGCGUCGCCGCAGCUCUCGCAAAUCGUGUUUCCGGGAAGGAUUAUCUGAACGUCGCUCAGCAGCAAUGGAACUGGUUCCAAAGUAGCGGACUUAUCAACCCAGACGGCAAUAUCAACGACGGGCUUACAGGUGACUGUCGUAAUAAUGGAUAUAACGUCUGGAGCUACAAUCAAGGCGUUGUCCUCGGCGGCUUGGUCGAACUCUCGAGAGCAACCAGAGACGGCUCGCACAUUUCCUCUGCUCAGCGUGUCGCUGAUGCCGCAAUUGGACUGCUAGCACCUGGUGGGAUUCUGCAAGACCCAUGUGAGCAGAACGGCAGGACUUGCGACAGCGACCAGACUCAGUUCAAAGGUAUCUUUGCGAGGAAUCUGAUGUAUCUGCAUCGUGCUGCUCCGCGGGACAAGUAUGCGAGGUUCCUCGGCAACAAUGCGAACAGCAUUUUGACGAGAAAUACAAAUGAUGGCAAAUUUGGGCUCAGGUGGACCGGACCUUUUGUUGCUCCAGCGAGUGUGUCAACGCACAGUUCGGGAAUGGAUUGUUUGAUUGCGAGCCUGUCCACAUGA